AUGCUGUUCACUGCGAACACCCCGGCCCUUAACCUCCCAACUACUCUGGUCUUACUCCCCAUUCCUGAUAUUCACCCUUUCGGAGAAGCCCUCUUCCUUUCCUACUCUCCCCCAUUAGUGUUGGGAGACCUAUUCGCUUCCGCUAGCCUUCAACAAAAAUCCCUAACCAUGUCCUUUCCCAAUCAUCUUCCCGCCGAUUCCUACGAGGGCACGAUCGAUGGCAUUACCGUCAAAUGGGGCCCUAACGCAAUUACCAACCUGCCUGACAAUGCCAAAGUAUUCAAAGUGGAUCAGGCCGCCUUGAAAGAUGCCACUGAGCAGGUGGCUUAUGCGAGUGCUAAACGACUUGGGAAAACCGGAGUUCGCAUCAUGGGUUCGUUUCAUAACACGACGACCGUCACCGCAACCGGUGAGAAACUACCAGACGAGUGUCAUUGCUCGAUUUCGAUGACCCCAGGUCAAGCCAAGGUCCAUAUUUACGUUGAUCUCACCGAUGGGGUAGCGCUCCACGACAUGGAAGUGCUAGGAGAAAGCGUAAUUCUGCGCGGCAAGUCUACCCCGGACCCAACUCUGUCCAUAGGCAUCUAUCCUUCAUAG